CUUUAAGAUCAUAUAUGGACUUAAAAUUCAAGGAUGAAGGCUAAAAAAUAAUAUUAAAAAAAAAGGCUGGUCUUAAAUUGAAAAAAGGUGCUUAAAUUCCUGGUAUGAUGAUUUUUGUUAAUUUUAGACAGAAUAUUGACAGAUGCUUUAGUUACACCAUCUACAAAUGUUAGAGAAUCUCGAGAGAAUAAUAUACUUUAAGGGUUAUUAUCUCCAUCAGAUGAUGAAAGAAGGAAUCAAUUGAAUUUUUUCAACAGCAAUUCCUAAAAAUAAUUAGUUACAGUUAAAAAAGUAGAUCCUAUUGAAUAGAUAAAGAGAAUAAUCUCAGAAAAUGAAAGACUCCGUCUUACAAUAAAUUAAAAAUAGAAAAUAAUUGAUACAAGAAUGAAAUAACGAAAAGAAAUGCCUGAACUUUUAUUGUCUUUAAGAAAUUCACGUAGUUUACUUUAACCUCAUGAAUAGUAGAAUACAGCAGAGGAAUAUGGAUAUUUUUUGGAUAAGCAAUCAAUAUCUCAAAAUUAUAAACGUUCAAUGUUGCCUUAGAUUGAAUCUAAAUAAAGUUCACCAACAACAAGAGAUGAAUGUGCUUUUACAUUUGCGAAUAACUUCUUUAUAAAAGAACAAAAAGUCUCACCGAAAAAAAUUAAUAUGAUGCAAGCUUUUCCUUAAUUGCAUUUGUAGAGAAAAUUUUUUACUUGA